GUCGAUCACACUCAUUCAGAAUGACAUUCGUGAAAUUCGCCUUAACUUUGUCUCUUGUGGCUUCUUGUGUCUUCGCUGACGGAGGCCAUGGAGGGCAUGGGCAUUCCUUUGGGGGACAUGGAGGAUCCUUCGGGGGACAUGGAGGAUCCUUCGGGGGACAUGGAGGAUCCUUCGGAGGACACGGAGUGCAUGGAGGUUCCUUUGGUGGACAUGGGGGUUCCUUUGGUGGACAUGGAGGUUCCUUUGGUGGCCAUGGAGGUUCGUUUGGAGGCCGUUAUGGAGGCCAUGGGGGAAGCUCUGGUACUUCCUUCAGUGUAGUGAACCUGGGACAUACUGGGUCCUUCGGAGGUGGAUACGGAGGUCGCGGUGGAUUCUCUGGAGGUCAUGGAGGAUUCUCUGGAGGUCAUGGAGGAUUCUCUGGAGGUCAUGGAGGAAUCGUUGGUGGUCAUGGAGGUUUCUCUAAAGGUCUUGGAGGGUUCUCUGGAAGUCAUGGAGGAAUCUCUGGUGGCCACGGAGGAUUCUCUAAAGGAUUCUCAGGAGGUCAUGGAGGUUUUUCUGGUGGCCAUGGAGGAUUCUCUGGAGGUCAUGGUGGUUUCUCGGGUUCUUAUGGAAAGUAAAUUAGAAGUUAUACCUUUCCUUACUGUCAACAUAACUUAUUUUGUAUAGAAUAUAAUGAUUAGUUCAAAAUAAUGUCGUCUAUGCAUCCUAUUUUUUUUUUAAAGCCUAACAAAUUUCUAGACAAAAACACCUUCAUAAACUGUACAUGACUAAUUUUGGAAUAAAAAAUAAAUAAG